AUGGCAGGCCUUGAAUGGCUUCGGUCAUAUAGAUCAAGGAAUCUGGAUUUAUCCUUGAAAAAACCAGAAUCCUGCAGCCUUGCUCGUGCCACCGCUUUUAACAAAGACACAGUUAAGAUGUUUUUUGAUAACUUAAAGAACGUUAUGGAACGCCACCCAUCUUUUGGAAAUGGCUGUAGAAUCUACAAUUUGGAUGAAACUGCUACUACAACCGUUCAGAAGCCGCUAAAAGUUAUAGCACCUAAAGGGCGCCAGAAUAUUUGUAAAAUAACUAGUGGAGAGAAGGGUACAUUAGUGACAACAUGUGCUAUUGUCUGUGCGUCUGGGCAAGCCUUACCUCCGGCGUUAGUUUUUCCAAGGAAGAACUUAAAGGAUUAUAUGAUGACUGGCGCCCCUAUUGGAUCCCUCGGACUUGCUAAUCCAACUUUAUUAAUCAUGGACAAUCACGAAUCCCAUUUAAGUAUUGAAGCUUUGGACAUGGCGAAACGUUCUGGAGUGACAAUCCUUACAUUACACCCCCACACAACAAGUAAAAUGCAACCUCUUGACGUGGGCUUAAUUGGUCCCUUCAAAGCCUAUUAUAAUAGUGCCGUAGAUUCAUGGUUAAUGAGAAAUCCCGGAAAAGAGAUGACUAUAUACAAUAUAGCCGAGUGCGUAGGAUACGCAUAUGCAAAAUCAAUGACGCCAGUUAAUAUAACCUCUGCUUUUAAAAAAUGUGGUAUUUUCCCGUUCGACGCAGACGUUUUUAGCGAAAUUGACUUCAUGCCAUCUGCUGUUACUGAUAGAGACCAACCGGAAACGUCAUCUGCGAAAUUAAUGGCUGCACCUUCUGAACAAUUAAACGACAGAAAGAAUCUUGUUAGUCCAUCAUCAGAUAUUACCUGUGCUCAUAGUCCAAUACUGUUUGAGGAAAACCCUUCUGAAGAUGUUGGAGAAAAGAAUCAGAUAGCUGAAGAACGAAAAAAAACACGAGACAAGAAGUCUGCGGCAAGUGCAAUUAAACGACCUAUACUGCAAGACAAAAAUUUCGAAGAACCAAGGAAAAAGAAGAAAGCAAAGAAGGUUGUAAUUCCAUCAGAUCCUGAAACAAGUGAAGAGGAAAAUUUUGAGGUUAUAGAUUUGAGCGAGUCUGAUAUAAGUGGUAGAGAGGAUGAAGAUGAAGAUCUUGAUGCUGACAAUUUACCUAUG